CCAAACCUUGAAUAAUAUUAUACAGUAUAUCUAAAAGGAACCCGAUUUUUGUUGGAAAAUCUGUUAUGGUAAGCAAAACUAGCCUAGCGUCCUCUCCAACCCUGGUUGGUUCUCUAGUAUGAAGAAAACAAAAAAACAAAAAAAAAUGUUGUCUCUAAAUAAACACUUUCGUAGUAGGGAGUGUGAGUCCCUCCCUUACGAGAUGGUUUACGAGAUUUUCUUAAACUUUCCUGUGAAAUCACUCAUGAGGUUCAAAAGCGUCUCCAAACAAUGGAAUUUGAAUAUAUCAAGCCCGGAAUUCGUUCAAAAACACCUUGAGAGACAGAUACUACGAACUCCACAAAUGAAUAUAUUCAGAUGCCAUUCCAGGACUAUCAGCGAAGAUCUUUACUACAUUCACCGCAACCUCAAACCCACCACUGGAGAGAACUUCGAACUGUUAACAAAAACAUCAAACAUGUAUCAGAGGAAGGUUGGUUCAAAUAAUGGGAUCGUUUGCCUCUACCAGGACGGGCCGGAUUCGAAUUCAAGGAAACUGAUUUUGUGGAAUCCCAGCAUGCAACAAUCUAGAGACAUCGACAUUUGGAGCGACAAAAGAGAAAAAAUUCAUCCCAUCAAACAUGGCAUAUAUUGCUUUGGAUUCGGAUACGAUUCUAGGACUAAAGAUUACAAAGUGGUGAAUUUUGUUUACAUUGAAUACAAGAAUAAUAAUACAGACCCAUUGUGUCUUAUUCUUCUCUACUCGCUCAGAGAAGAAAAAUGGAACCACACCAUUAGCAUCGAACCCCCUCUCUUGCCUAAUAAACUCAUCAAAAUCUCUUGGCGUUCGCAGAAGGCCGGAAGUAGGGUUCAUUGGAUUGCUUUCUUCAAGGACAACAACGGGGACAUGUUUCGGAGUCUGUUGUUCUUUGAUAUCGAGGAGAAGUUGUUUGGUCAAAUAGCGUUGCCGGAAAGCAUAGCAGUGGUUGCAGAUGAUAGUGACGAAAAUUGGCAUCAUGUGGAGCUUGCUUCUUUUGUUGAUCAUCGUAAGGGUUCGCUUAUUUUGUUCGAGCACAAAAAGGUAAAUAAUAAUAAUAACAACAAUGGGGAUGGUUUGAGAUUUUGUUGUGAUGCAUGGGUGGUGAAGAAGUGUGAUUCUUUAGAUUAUUCCUGGGCCAAAUUGGAGUUGAGCAUUAGUUUGGAUAGAAGGUUCAAGGCUUUAGGGUUUUUGAGUGAAUCUAUUGUAUUCGUUAUUACUGGGGAUGAGCAGAUUUUGUUUAACAUCAGAACCCAACAGAGACAUUUGCUUCAAAUCGGUGGUGGUGACAUUUUAAUUCGCUCUCACGUUGGGACUUGUAUGGAAAACAUGCUCACCCUAAACAAGUAG